AUGGACAAAACCACUUUUGCUUUCGGACUUGAUUCCUCUAGCUCCUCGAGCUCUGAUGAUGAUAUUAUAGGCGGAUUCGGUAUAUCUCAUGAUGAUAUGCUUGAAAAUCCCGCUGUCAUUGCAACACUGCUAAAAGGAGCAGCCAGACAGAAGAGAAUGGCUCCUGGUUCCGAUGGUGACACUGUCGAAUUCACCCCUUCGCCUGAGUUUGUAGAGCUGCAAAAGAAGAAGCUAAAACUCAUGAAGGAAAAACUCGCACUUGACGAACGAAAAUUCGCCAGAAAAAGUCAGAAACUCGAGGCUUCAAUGAAAGUAAAGCGAGUCGAUGCCUUGCGGAAGAAAAAGGAAUACAAAGAAGACGUUGUUGCCGAUCCGAGAUAUCCGUCGAUUGACUCCAUGGAUACUUUGAAUAACAAAGUCAAUCUGGCCAAGGAUUUCAAAAGCUUUCAAAAGAAGAAGAAGAAAGACCCAAGUCAUGAAGAUUCACAGUUUCCGAAUGGAGAAUAUUCCGAGUCGCAAGACAGUAUCGUUCGAACAUGCCUCGCAUUCGAUUCUUUGGCUGCUAAAUGCGCCGACUCAAUCUAG